AUGGGUUCGCGUGUUGAUGAGCUGGAAAAGUCUAUCGGAGGCUUGAUGGAGCAGGCGAGCGCAGAUGGCAACGACAAGAACCAGCAGGAACCCACGGCCCCUGCACCCAAAGAAGGUUAA